ACGUCUUUUUCAUAUACUUAACAGAUGGAACACCCAGGUGCUGUCAUGUGACUCUUUCCUGGGUUUAUAAUUACCAAUGUUGGUGAAAGGUGUCUUCAUGCAGCUUAUGUUUGGCCUUGUAAAUAAAUUAGUAUUUGUACCUACUCCAAAAUGUCAGUGCCUUCUUCUAUUCUAUGCAGAAUAUAUAUUGUUAUGUAUCUGGUUAAGUUUAGAGAUGGCACUGUAAAUACAAUAUAGAAAAGUAAAUUAUAGAGAAGUACAGUCACUACACCAAACAGUUGGAUGAGUGUUUAUUAAUAUUUAUGAUUAUUUUGCGCCCAGAUUCAAGGCACUACAGAGUAAAAAGUGCCACACAGUUCUUUCUCAGUAACGCAAUGUCGGUACUGCUUGGUGAAUAUUUUUAAAGAGCCCCUAUUAUGCUUUUCUUUUGUGUUUCCCGUCAUUAAGUGUGUUAUUUAGUUUUGUUGUGUAUGUAAUAUAUGUAUAAAGUACAAAAAAAUGUUGUCACUCCAAAAGGAGCUUUCUCUCCCACAGAAAAAAGCACUUCUCUUCAACUGCCUGAAACGCAUCGUCUGCAUUCCUGCCUUAAAUUCCCCAAUCAUUGACAUAGACAAUUAAAAAAAGCCCGUUGAGCAGCACGCCCUCUCCCUAAAGAGAAGAUAGGAGGCCCUGGAAGCAGGCAGGUCGGCAUUGAACGAUUUGUUUGGACUAAAUUGAUCAUGUCCCAGUGGAGGCGUUGUGUGCUUGGGUGAGCAAGCGUAACACAAUUGUUUGGGCUUCCAAAAGAAGAAGAAAAGAAGAAUCUGUGGCUUGAAUUUAUUCAUGGAACUCACCCUGAUCAAUACAACCUCAACAUUGUUUUGUGUUUUCAGCAUUUUACCAAGGAUAGUUUUGUGAACUGGGCACAGUUCAACUCGGGGUUUUCCAAGCGUUUGUUGCUGAAAGACGGGUCAGUUCCCACUUUGUCUGACCAACCUGGAGCUUUUGUAUCACAACUUGAGGACACUGGUACCACGGAAACUAGAUUUCAGGCAGUAGGAUGCCAGACUGACUAUCCACAAACCAUCUCAGUGGGCACACAGUCGGUGGCUUCUAAAAAGAUGUUUUCGGUCAGAACACAGUUAUCCAGGGGCACACUGAGAGAGCAUCACAUGAGAAGCAAAGGCUCCCAGGCAACGGUGUCUUGUGUCAGUGUUGGGACUAAAACCACAUCCCGCUGUGACUCCCCACUCUCUGCACCAUUUAAGGGCCAGUUAGUCAGACCUAGAAAGAGACCUUGUCUUGAGUUGGAGGAGGAAGAGGAAGCAGUCACUUCAGCAGAGCCUGUGGAGCUGCUAGACUCAACAUGUAACCAGGGCCACUUUGUUCUUACGAAGGAUACUGACACGUCGUUUGUGUCAAGAGCCACAUAUGCUAAUGAUAAAUAUGUUGUCUUUGAAAGCUGCUUCAGAGAGCUAUUUGACAACUGUCCAGUGUGCAAUACUAGGUGUGAUGUCCGGCUGCUACGAAUUGUGUGGCAUUCAACCAGUUUUGCCCAAAAUGCAACUACUCGAGGCCGUGGCAGAGCCAGCCCAUGGUUCGAAGUACCCCUGUUGGCAACCUUCUGUUGUCAGUAGCCACAUAUUUCACAGGUGCAUCCUUCAUACAACUGGAAAAGAUAUGGAAGGCCAUGCAGCUCCAGAUUUUUUCCGUACGACACCUUCAGGAUGCAUGCUAGGAAUUUCUUGGAGCCAGCUAUUAUCCUCAAAUGGACAACGGACCAGCAGAAUCUUUUGCAGCAGCUAAAGCAGAAGGGAACGCUCAGACUCUCAGACUUUGUGGAGACAUGCGAGCAGACUCACCAGGCCAUUCAGCUAAGUAUGUCAGUAACACCAUGAUGCACCUGGAGAGCAACACUAUUUUGGACCUUCAGCUUGUUCAGCUUUGUAAUUUCAUCCACCCCCCACCAGAGCAUUGAAGUAUGUGGUAGGUACCAUAUGGUGGAGGAGGGAUUGAAAAGAUGCCUAGAUAUUCUUGAAUCAAAUGCUUUGGCAGUGGACUACAUUGUUACUGACCGCCAUCCACAAAUUCAGAAGUUUCUUAGGGAAAGAAACAUCACACAGGUUUAUGACGUGUGGCACUUUGUAAAAGGUUUGUCCAAGAAACUGGGCAAAGUGGCAAAAAAACAGGCAGUGUGUGGUGCUGAGAAAGUGGCUGCGCAGCAUAAAACAUCAUCUUUACUGGAGUGCCAACUCAUCAAAAACAGGGCCUGAAAAGGUGGCCAAGUGGACAUCCUUGGUCAACCACAUCCAAAAUGUUCACAAACAUGAAAACCCCAUCUUUCCCAAGUGUGAACAUCCGGACCGAGUGUUGAGGGAUCCGACAAAGUGGUUCCUACCAGCAUAUGUGGAUGACCUGAUGAGGCUCGUCUUCGAGGAGGUGUUUGAGGACCCAGUGCCAUUUGCUGAGGAGAUGAAUAAAAUCUCCAUCCCAAUGACCUGGUAUCCCAAUAUGAAAGACCUUUAAAGGAAGAAGCGGCUUCCCAACAUGUCUCCCUACUCAGUCAAGUGGCAGGCGGGUGCCGGCGUAUCAACCAGCCGGAUCAGGAAACUCCUGGCUUAUCCGAGUACAGCACAGGACUGGAAUACAAUCCUGACUCGAUCCUAAAUAUCCCCGGCCCCAGCACCUGCUAACAAAGCUGCGAUAGGCGAGAUGAUGAUCCAGUGACGACAUAGCUGUCCCUACAAACAAAGGAAAGCGGAAGGGCAUUUAAGCCAUAACAGUGAGUCACUGUUUCUCUCCCAUCUUGAAGAGCUGAAAUGGCUUACUCACAGGUCCGCCUGAAAAUUCUCCCCAGUGUUCGGUGUCUCUUCGAUAAAAUGGUGCAGGUGAAAGUAGAGGGACUCGCUCCUCACAAACAAGUUCAACUGAGGUCCAAAGUAGUUGAUGACAGAGGGGUGGUUUUCAAGGCUUCUGCUCUGUACAAAGCAGAUGAAACCGGCCUGGUGGAUGUCUACCGUGCACCCUCGCUGGGAGGAAGUUACACCGGAGUGGAGCCCAUGGGUUUGUUUUGGGCCCUGGCACCGGAGACGCCACACAGUAAACUUCUAAAGAAGAAUGUGCUCAGCCCAACACUGGUGGAGAUAGAAGCACUGAGUGGAGAGACUGGUGAGGUGUUGGCCUCUGAAACCAACGAGAGACGAUACAUGACAGAGGGGAUGAAGAGAACACCUGUGCAAGUGGGAAGAAUACGAGGAGUCCUCUUCGUACCGCCAGGAAAGGGACCGUUCCCAGGAAUAGUGGAUUUGUACACAUUUGGUGGACGUCUUACUGAGCCCAGAGCCAGCCUCUUGGCAAAUAAAGGUUUUGUUGUUCUUGCACUGGCCUAUACAGACUACCAGGAUUUACCAAAAAUACCUAAAAAGUUGGAAUUGGAGUACUUCGAAGAGGCUGUAUCUUAUCUGAGGGCACAGCCAGAGGUUAAAGGUCCGGGGAUUGGCAUCAUAGCAAUCUCUCACAGUGGCGGUUUGGCUUUGUCGAUGUCAUCUUUCUUCUCUGGGAUCUCAGCAACCGUCUGUAUUAAUGGCUGCAAUGCAAAUACUGUGAUUCCUUUACACUACAAAGACAUUGUUAUACCUCCACUUCCCCCUGUCAUGAAGAACAUUAAAAUCCUAGAGUCUGGGCUUGUAGAUGUACGAGAUGCCUUACCUGACCCCUCCUUGGAAAAGAACAGGGCGUCAUUGAUUCCGAUUGAACGGGCCAGCUGCCAGUUCCUGUUUGCCGUGUCGGAAGAUGACCGCAACUGGAAUAGUGUUUUUUUUGCCAAGCAGGCUGCUGCAACGCUAAAAAAUCAUGGCAAAGAGACUUUUCAGUUAGUAACAUACCCUAAAGCUGGACACUUUUUGGAAGUCCCUCACAUGCCUUUUUGUUCGUCUGGGUUUCAUGGAGCAGUAGGGAGUGAUGUGGUGUUUGGUGGGGAGCCAAAAGCCCAUUCUGAGGCUCAGCUCGACCUGUGGGGAAAAGUCCAGGAGUUCUUCAAGAGCCACUUGGACAACUAGUACUUGUUGGCAAGCGAUGCUGCAUCAAGUGUGUCAAGCGUCCCAGAACGGCUGUCAUUAGAAAUGCUUAAUCGUGCCAUUAGAUUCUAAUGAAUGACAUUUUCAAAGGGGUAUUCAAUUAUAUGAGUUUUAUGUUGAAGCUUUGGACUUUUUUGUGAAUUUAAUAAUACUGUGAUAUCCCUACUACUUUAAAAAAUUAAAAAAAGAACAAUUUAGAUGAUUGUAAGCAAUAAGUAAACAUGUUCUAUAUAAAUUAGUCUUACACUAAGCCAAUCAGCAGUUGCA